CGGCCCGUGGAUGCCACGGCCUGUGGGCGUCUGGGCCUAGCCGGCAGGCAGGCAGGACUGGGGCCUGUCCAGCAGGUGUGAUGGGCUCUUACUGAUAAACCGUGUGAGUUUUGUCUUGUAAUUUUGAAUGUUGAUGCCUUUAGUGAUGCCUUCUCUCCAUAGGCCUCAUGGCUCCCACGGCCCUGGUGUCCUGCCCUGGCUGACCCUCCUGCUGCUGACCUCUGCUGGCCAGCCCCAGGGGGCACUGCAGCCCAUCCCCAGCCUGGCUCUCAAGCCCUCCUUUCUGACCACCCCCCCAGGGGCAGUCAAGCUGUCUGUCACUGCCCCGUCCCCUGUGCUCCGGCCGCACCAGCCUUGCUGCCACUGUGGGGCUGCUUCUUGCGGGCAGCGCCCCCUGCCUUCCUGGGGAUCGAGGCCGGUUCCCCUCGUCUGGGUGCAGAGUUCACCGUUGUCCUGCGGUACCUUCCCAGCCCUGCUGGCGACCCGCGGCCCUGGCCCUUGAGACCUUGAGAUGGAUGAGCCUCCGUCAAGCCCUGGAAAAGACCCGCUGAGAGAGGGUGCCUCCAGCAUGGCGGCGGCCGAGGUGCCCGGCUACCUCGUGUCCCCGCAGACGGAGAAGCACCGGCGAGCCCGCAACUGGACGGACGCCGAGAUGCGCGGCCUCAUGCUCGUCUGGGAGGAGUUCUUCGACGAGCUGAAGCAGACCAAGCGCAACGCCAAGGUGUACGAGAAGAUGGCCAGCAAGCUGCUGGAGAUGACGGGGGAGCGCCGGCUGGGCGAGGAGAUCAAGAUCAAGAUCACCAACAUGACCUUCCAGUACAGGAAAUUAAAAUGCAUGACAGAUAGCGAGUCCGUCCCGCCCGACUGGCCCUAUUACCUAGCCAUUGAUAGGAUUCUGGCCAAGGUCCCCGAGUCCUGUGAUGGCAAACUGCCGGACAGCCAGCAGCCGGGGCCCUCCACGUCCCAGACCGAGGCGUCCCUGUCGCCGUCUGCUAAAUCCACCCCUCUGUACUUACCGUAUAACCAGUGCUCCUACGAAGGCCGCUUCCAGGAUGAUCGCUCCGACACCUCCUCCAGCUUACUGUCCCUUAAGUUCAGGUCGGACGCGCGGCCCGGGAAGAAGCGCAAGGUGCAGAACUGCCACCUGCGGAAGAAGAAGCUGCGGCUGCUGGAGGCCAUGCUGGAGGAGCAGCGCCGGCUGAGCCGCGCCGUGGAGGACGCGUGCCAGGAGGUGCGCCGCGUGCUGGACCGCCAGAACCUGCUGCAGGUGCAGGGCCUGCAGCUGCAGGAGCGCAUGAUGAGCCUGCUGGAGAAGAUGAUCACCAAGUCCGGCGUCUAGGCCGCCCGGCCCGCGGGGAGCGCCCCGGGGCUGCCCUGGCUCGGACGGACGCGGGCCGGCCCCCGGUGAGAACCUCCCGGAGGCUGUCCUCCCGUACGGUCACUGUCGGUGGCCCUUGACACGGCUUUGGGUAUUACAC